AUGACCCCCUCUCCCGUUCCUUUUUCUCAGUUCAUACAACGUUCACGCAUCGCACUUGCCAAACUACAUCACAAGCGUCAUUCAAGUCCUCCUCCACCUCCACCUCCACCUUCCUCCUCCUCUUGUCUUUUGAAUCCCCAUCUCAUGCACGAUCAGUACCACAGCAGCGAUUCACCAGCAGCAAAGGCACACUAUUUGUUCAAACUCGCCAACCAUUUCUUAUUUGGACGCAAAGGAUACAAAAAGGCACCCACAUUAGCACUGGCGUAUUAUGAAGAUGCGGCACGACUAGGCAGUGCAGCUGCUCAUGGCGUACUUGGUUUCUGCUAUGAGUUUGGUCUCGGUGUAUCCAAGGAUUUUGUUGCCGCGGAGACACACUAUCAACGAGGAGCACAAAUGCAUGAUGGAUUGGCUAUGGCUCGAUUAUCAUUCUUGCGAAAGUAUGGUCGUCCCAAUGUACGCAUCGAUCGUGCUGAAGCAGAAGAAUGGGCUGAUCGAGUGCGAUGCUUAACGUCUACCAACCCUGUCGGAUGGAUCGUCGAAGCUGCUACCAUUGAUAAUGACCCAGCUGCUCAAUAUGCACUUGGUGUGUGUUACCAUGACGGCGUCGGCAUGCCAAAGGAUGAACAUGCCGCUUUUCGGUGGUACAAAGCAAGUGCCAUGCAAGGUCAUCCUCGUGGUCAAGGAAUUCUCGGUUAUUGCUAUGGUGAAGGUUUUGGUGUUGCCAAGGAUCCAGUCGAAGCCAUCAAAUGGUAUAGACGCGCUGCUGCACAAAGUGAGACUGUUGCCAUUUACAAUGUUGGCUAUUGCUAUGAAGAUGGUAUUGGUGUCGAGCGUGAUGUCAACGAAGCCGUAAGAUGGUAUCGACUUUCAGCAGAACAAGGAAAUGCAUUCGCUCAAAACUCGCUUGGAUAUUGCUAUGAAGAUGGGAUUGGUGUGAAGCAAGAUUUUCCAAAGGCGGCCUAUUGGUAUCAACGAUCAGCAGAGCAAGGGUAUCCAUGGGCACAAUGCAAUCUCGGCUAUUGUUUCCAAAAUGGCAUUGGCAUCCCAAGAGAUAAUGCACAAGGCGUUUAUUGGUAUCGAAAAGCUGCCAUUCAAGGACAUGCACGUGCUCAACACAACCUCGGAUUUUGCUACCAAAACGGCAUCGGCAUCACACGCGAUGAAAAGGAAGCUGUAAAGUGGUAUCGACGAUCAGCUGAACGCGGCAACAUUUUCGCCUACCAUUCGCUUGGUUAUUGCUAUCAAAACGCCAUCGGUGUCAAUGCCAAUCCUCAAGAAGCAGUAUUUUGGUAUUAUUUGUCGGCAGAAGAGAAUCAUGCACCUGCACAAUUAUCACUUGGCUAUUGCUAUCGUAAUGGUAUUGGUGUCCCCAAAAAUGAACGUGAGGCUGUGAAAUGGUUUCGUCGCUCGGCUGAACAAGGGAAUGCUCUUGCACAAAACUCGCUUGGCUUUUGUUAUGAGGAAGGUCUUGGAGUCAAGAAGGAUGCAGCUCGUGCAGCGUAUUGGUACCACAAGAGUGCUAAGCAAGGGAAUCCAUGGGCUCAAUGCAACCUCGGUUUUUGUUAUGCCAACGGCAUUGGUGUUCCAAAGGACAAUAGCAAGGCUGUACAUUGGUAUCGUCAAGCAUGUGCACAAAAUCAUGCUAGAGCUCUCGACAAGUUUGGUGUUCAUUUGCAAUGUGGCCUUGGUGUCGAGCAGGACUUGACCGCUGCCUUUGAUCAUUUUCGACGUGCUGCAGAUCAAAAGCAUGUUGCUGCCAUGUAUCAUCUUGCCAAUUGCUUUGAAAAAGGUCUUGGAUGUCCCGUUGACUUGCAACAAGCGACGCUAUGGUUUGAACGCGCAGCAGCAGCUGGAUGUCAUAGUUCGCAUGAAAGAUUGAGACGACUUUUGGUGCGUGCUUGUCUUCCAUCCAAUACGUGCGUUAUGACAAACGACGAUCUCCUCUAUUGCGGUUUCAUCAGUGGCCACAGUGCACCAGCAGCUUAA